UGCUGUCUGGAAUACCCGCCGACGCCGCCGACGACGCGCGCUAACGCAUCCGUCGCCGUCCCGAAUGGUUAUAUAGGCUGCAGCCGCCGCGUAUUGCACACAGCCGACACACGCGUACACCAGUUUGGAACGCGACAGAAACGCAUCACACUAGCGCCUGCACUUUGACUGCGCCAUCAUGCCGUGCCGCGCGCGAUCGUCUUCCGUCUCGUUGCAGCGGUAUCUCGUAUUGUCUACCGCGAUCUUUGCCACCGCCGCCGCCGCCGCCGCUGAUGCAGUAGCCGCGUCCGUUGGUGAUCCGGUGCGCGAUGCGCGUUGUUUCGCCAAAUGUUACCGUCAGAUCGCCGCUGAACAGCCCAAAUGUUAUAGCGGUUGUCUGAACGACCGGUGGAUUAAUAAGCCGGGCGAGUGUCCGGUCGGCGACCUUGACAGCGUCGCCUCGCUGGACCGACCGUGUCUGGAGCAAUGCAAUUCCGACGACUUUUGUCACGCCGAGUACAAGUGCUGCCGACACAGCUGCGGCAUAACGUGCCAACAGCCUGUUGGCUUAGCCGACCAUCGUCCGGGUUUACCGGACGUGCCGAACGUCGUCGCUGUGUCGGACUACGGUAAGGCGCUGGUGGUCGAGUGGUCGGCGCCGUUCCCGGGCACAUCUGCAGGUCACGUGACGUACGUGGUCCAGGAAAGGCACCACGUGGGCGCCGCGUACGUACCGGAGCGUAUGACCACGUGGGCUAUGGUGACCAGGACCGACAGGACACGUGAACAGUUCCGACAGCUGCACGCGCCAGGACGGUGGUUCCAGUUCCGCGUCGCCGCCGUCAACGAGAACGGCACCAGCGGAUACUCGCCGCCGUCCGAGCAGUUUUUCGUUGAGAUCGGACCGCACGUCGAUCCACCCGGACCGCCACAAGACCUGAUGGUGUCGUCGUUGAAAUGGACAAACAAGGACUACCAGCAAUGCGUUCUGUCGUGGAGGCCCCCAGCCGAGUCCGUUUUACCCGUCCGAAAGUACAAAGUUUUCAUCAGCGUACGCGACGGACCCCACGUUUACCACAAACGGAAUGUGGUCCCGGCAGAUAUUUUGAGGUUUACAAUCAAAAAGCUGAACUCAAAUUCCGAAUAUUUUCUUCAAGUGCAAGCCAUUAGCGAAUUCGGAAGAAAAAGAUUCGCUGGUCAAAAGGCUUCGACAACCAUGAAAACCAAAGGAAAAAAAAUAUUAAAUUCUAAAGAAAUCACGGGAAUUAAAAUUGUGGUUAUAGGCGAUCCUGACAGUCGUAAUUUAAUUAACGCUAGACUAUCUUGGAGACCAGUGACGAUGACAUUAAAGAAAUUCCAUUACACAUUGUCGUGGUCUUCUAAAGAUUGCAAUGAUGAGAGUAAGCCAUUAAGAGCAAGAACUGAAGUGCCGUACUUUGAUUUAUUUUCAUUAAAACCACAAUGCGAGUAUUUCAUUAUAGUUUCAACUACAUUUAAUGGAUCCAAAUACGUGGGUUCAUUUAAUUUUACACCUACUGUAUUGAAGAUUUGAAAAUUGAAAUACUUAUAUAAAUGUUACUCUAUUUAUACUUUUUAGAAAAUAAGUAAAUUAUAAAUAGUAUUGAAUUAAGAGGAUGCUACCCAUGCAUUUGUUGUCCCCGUCUUACACACGUACGACAUAGCAAAUUUUUGUUCACUAGUUUCAAUAGUGUGCUGUUAGUUUUGAUAUUAGAGUGAUUUGACCUAUUAUCAAUUUUUUAGAUAAUAACAUUAUCUGUGCUUAAGCGUUGGUUUUUAUUCGCUAUUUUAAUUUUCAAGCUAGAUAUGAACAUUUUUUAUUUUUGAUAUUUCACAUACCCAUAUCUUGCUUGAAAAUGAAAAUUUUGAAAAAUCGGCAAGGCUUAAGCACAGAUAAUGUUCUGACCUAAAAGUUUUAUAAUAGGUCAAUACACUCUAGUAUCAAAAUUAACAGCACACCAUUGAAACUAGUGAACGACAAUUUGCUAUGUCGUGCGUGUGUAAGACAGAGACAACAAAUGUAUGGGUAGCGUCCACUUAAUAAACGAUAGAAAUGUAGCAAUAUUCUUGCAUGUGGAAACUUUUAUACUUAUACAUUAUAAUAGUAUAUAAUAUAAAUUAUGAAUGAUGUUUUAGCUCUCUAAGGUUUUAUUAUUUAUGCUUUUGAAGACAUUAUAUUUGAAAAAGUAUAAGACUACCUAUCUACUAUUAUUAUAGUAGGACGUAUAAUAGUUUUUUUUUUUGUUAUGUGUUUAAUAUUACAAUAUUGACAAUCGGAGAUUUUAAAAUUACCGGUUAAAUGUGUUGCAAAGACAAAUUUCCUUCAACUUAUUUAAUUUAUUUUAUACUCGGUAAUUUUUUUGUAACUUUACAACUACCUACCUAUGUUUUAUUUAUAAGUUUAUUUUAUUAAAUUCGUAUAUCAUAAUAUUA